AAAAUAUCUAAGUAACGGAUCAAACUUGCGCUGUGUGUUUACAAGCGGCUAACACUUUCGUAUGGUAUUUUAAAUUUUGGAUCUUACCGUUGAGUUCGUUAAAAUAUCUAGAAGGUUAGAGAUUUGUUCAUAUUAGAAGUUACGACUUGAAUGUUGUGUUAUUAAAACCAUUGUUCUAUCUUUUGAAAUAAGACUCUGCUCUGGUAGAAAUGGAUUUGGAUCCUGUAGUAGAAAAACAUUACAAAGGCCAUAGUGGAACAAUCACGGGUUUAUCGUUCCAUCCAGAAAGUAAAAAAAUUGUGUCCAGCAGUGUUGAUAAAACUUUAAUGGUAUGGCAAAUAGCAGACUCAACAAGGGCAUAUAAAUUCCAUGCUCAUAAAGAUGAAGUUUUGGAUGUUGAUUAUGCUCCUUCUGGAGAAGUAUUUGCAAGUGCAUCUAAAGAUAGAACUGUGAGAAUAUGGGUGCCUAAGAUUAGAGGUGAAUCUCUUGACUUUAUAGCCCACCAAGGAGCUGUAAGAGCUGUGCAAUUUAGCCCGGAUGGACACAAGUUGAUAACAUGUUCCGAUGACAAAAAUAUUAAAUUAUGGAUGGUGUGUCAAAGGCGAUUUUUACAAUCAUUUCCAGGUCAUACUAAUUGGGUGAGACAAGUUAGAUUUUCUCCUGAUGGAAAGCUUCUUGUUUCAUGCAGUGAUGAUAAAACUCUAAGAAUAUGGGACCUUGCUAGCAAUAAAUGCAUCUCAACAUUUAAUGAAUUGAAAGCAUCAUAUCUUGAUGUGGGAUUCCAUCCUCUUGGGGUGUCUAUUGGAGCAGCAACAACAGAUGGUUCAGUAAAAAUUUUUGACAUGAAAACAGGCUUUUUACAACAAUGUUAUGAUGCCCACGAGGAUGCAGUAAAUAAAAUCAAAUUUCAUCCCAAUGGCAAAUUUAUAUUAACAGCUUCUAAAGAUGGUUCGAUGAAAAUCUUAGAUUUGCUAGAAGGUAGACCAAUAUAUACUCUAAAGGGUCACAAUAGUAAUGUUACAACAGUAACAUUUUCACAAGAUGGAGAUUAUUUUGCUUCUGGCAGCGUUGACCGUCAAUUGUUUGUGUGGAAAUCCAACUUUCACAAAGGAAAUAACUGUUGAAUCUUCCGACAUGGAUACAUUAGAAUCCACUUGCGAAAAAAGUAUAUACCAUGACUGCUUUAAUACUUUUAAUGUGACUGACGGCACUGUUAUAUCUGCACUUGAAAAUUCAUGGAAGGACUAUGAAACUAAAACUACUAUACAACAAAAAAUUGAAUUUUUCAAUCAGCAAAUUAAUGAAAUAGACAAAAAAGUUGCUGAUCUAGAGCAUACAUAUGUAUCUCAACUUACUUAAUUGUGCAUAAUAUUUAUUACAUUUAUUUUUCGUAACAUAUUGUACAAUAAUUUAUCAGUCGUAGAAUUAUUAGUUAAAAAAAU